CCUGAAACCUACACAUCGUCAACUUCCGUUUUUUUUAGCACAGCGUGCACUAGUCGUUGUAGCGCUUAGCUAUCCUGCCAGCUAGUUAGUUAGCAACGUUUUAAACGAGUCAGUCAGCCCGCAAAAGUCUGCAAACAUGGCUCGUAAUGCUGAAAAGGCCAUGACGGCCUUGGCGAGAUUUCGUCAAGCUCAGCUGGAGGAGGGAAAAGUCAGGGAAAGGAGACCGUUUCUGGCUUCAGAAUGCAAUGAGCUGCCUAAAGCAGAAAAGUGGCGAAGGCAGAUCAUCAGUGAGAUUUCCAAGAAGGUUGCACAAAUUCAAAACGCCGGUUUGGGUGAAUUCAAGAUCAGAGACUUGAACGAUGAAAUCAACAAGUUGCUCAGAGAAAAGGGGCAUUGGGAGGUCCGGAUCAAGGAACUCGGUGGGCCUGAUUAUGGGCGAGUUGGACCGAGGAUGCUCGACCACGAAGGCAAAGAAGUACCCGGAAACCGAGGCUAUAAAUAUUUUGGCGCCGCAAAAGACCUGCCGGGAGUGAGGGAGUUGUUUGAAAAAGAACCCAUCCCUCCCCCCAGGAAGACCCGAGCCGAGCUCAUGAAGGACAUUGACGCAGAGUACUACGGCUACAGGGACGAGGACGACGGGGCGUUGGUGCCGCUGGAGCAGGAGUACGAGAAACAAGUCAUAGCGGAGGCUGUGGAGAAAUGGAAAGCGGAUCGGGAGGCGCGUCUAGCUGGCGGCGGAGGGGCCGACAAGGACGUCGAGGAGGAGGAGGAGGAGGAACACAUAUACGCUGUCCAGGAUGAUGAGCAUUCAGAUGACGAAUCACGGACCCAGAUGGAGGGGGAGGAGGGCAUGCAGACGUUCAUCUCUCACGUACCUGUUCCCUCUCAGAAGGAGAUUGAGGAAGCCUUGGUCAGAAGAAAGAAGAUGGAGCUGCUGCAGAAGUAUGCCAGUGAAACUCUAAUGGCGCAGAGUGAAGAGGCCAAGGCGUUAUUGGGGUUGUAGUUUGUGAAACGAGUUGUCACUUUACCCAAGGUCACACCUUGAAUAAGUAGCAAUAUUGAUGAAUGACACAUGGCAUUCUGUUCAGUACUUUGUGUGAAAGCAAGAUGUUGUGACUGUAAAUAAUGUAUUUUUAUAUACUUUUUUCCCCUCUGUGAUCUUAAUAAAAAAA